UUUUAUACUCUACUCUCUCACUCCCCUCCUUGCCUUGCGCUCCACUCAGUACUUUCAUGCACGCCGUAUCUCAUUCUCUCGCCCACCGCGGCACCCCCGCAACUCGUACAAGAUCUCGUUGGCAGCCUUAUCAUGCCUCUCUCCAGCCAUCAUCUUCUUCUCGCUCUUCUCCUUCCACUUCCUAUCUCAUCACUCCCGCCUCUUCUGUAUCAUCAUCUCCCCCUCCCCACCCUUCCUCAUACCAAGACCCAGAUCAGCUUCCCUCCGCUCCUCAGUAUCACCCUCAGCCUUCUCGCGAGUGCCAGCUCCGCGACGCACAAAAAUCAAAAUACGCCCUUGGUUUAGUCGACCAAGCCGUUAGAACUCUGUGCGACAUAUGGCACCCCCAAGACGUACCUGUUGUCUUCCUCACCUCUCGACCUGCCAUCACCUGCCCCUCCGACGCUAUCGCUUCAACACCGCAAAAACACGCCAUUGCAUACCAUCCACGAAACAUUCAGCUCCCUUCUCCCAUCUCUCCUACCACACAGCCAUCUCCGAUAUCGCCUCCCCCUCUAUCUCACCUCCCAUCCGGCCCUCGUCCUCUUCGAUCGUCAGAAUGCCCCUCGGGCGCGCAGCCUCCUCGAGGCAACCUCGUGCCCAUGAGAGGCUUUGUACACGAAGUCCUUCGUCGUUCCCGCACCUCAGGAAGUGUCUUACAGACCGCAUUAUGCUAUAUCGAGGCCAUUCGCUCAAAGGUCCCCGAGCUCGUUUGUCGAGAAAGAUCGGGGACCGGAGUGCAAGGAGAACCGGAAUUGGAUGAUAGGAUUAUUCAAGGUGAGGUCAGCGUCGACGACGGCGCUGCCUCCGAAGGAACAUCAACUACUUUUAUCAAUGCCGCAACAUGUCUUGACGACAUGAUGGACACCGUAAGGCUCGCUGCUCAAAGCUUCGAUAUGGAUAUGUCCUCUUCACAGCCUGGAAUGGGCUCAAGUCAGGUAUUCCCCAGCAAGCAGAAGAACGUCACUCCGCUAGCGCCGCUCCCGCCCCUUCCCUCCCCGCUUCUCUGUCCCCGCCGCACGUUCCUCGCGUCCCUCAUUCUCGCUUCAAAGUUCAUGCAAGAUCGGUGUUAUUCCAAUCGCGCGUGGGCGAAGUUAUCGGGUCUACCACCCCGUGAGAUCGGACGCUGUGAACGAGCACUGGGUGAUGCUCUCGAAUGGCGCCUCUGGGUCGGUAAAUUGCCAGCAGUGCAACCCACCACCACCAGUAGACGCCCAAUUUCGAAAUGCAAGAGUGAGAGCGAGCUGUCGUUCGCUCCGAGGCCCCCGCAUGUGGAAAGAUUCUUGCAGCAGCAACUUACCUUGGACAAAAGACUGGCCAGUAUGCCCUGGCAUGACCGGAAUAGCGUAUCGCUGCCGACGCAUGGGAUGAAUGCUGGACUUCGGCGACAUGCGACCCUCCCGGCUGGGUCGCUGUUCGGUCAAGACAACAGCAAUAAUAUGUCACUUAUGGGCCUCUCCUCAUGGCUGCCAUCCCCCGCGCCCUCUUUCGUUUCCUCUAUGGAAAGUAUCGCAGGGUCAAGUGUCAGCGACGACAAGACGCCCAUCCCACCAACGCCCGAACUAAGUUUUUCGCCAGCGUCGACCGAGUCUUCUUCCUCAGGUGGAGACCGGACGAUUCAGAUGUCGAGUUUCAUGGACGUACCUACGCCGCCUCCCGGUCAGUUCGCCAGUUUUGCUGUGCAGAACGACAAGGUGAUGUCGCUGGCCCACGGUGCGUACAUGUACCCGACGCCGCAUGCGAUGCUUGAUCCGCUUUCUGGUGUGCCGUGCUACGGUCCUCUGGGUGGUUCCACUCGGUUUGAGGAUAUGCCUUGCGCUGCUGGCAACAUGAACUUUCACACCUCGUCUUGGACAACUUGAACUUGCUGCUACUGUUACCGUUGCUCGUGCCGAGUUGAUUCGCUGGUCAAACCGCUUUUUUAUUUCGUUAUCGACACAAUUUUGUCAAACUGGCCGUCAACUAUGCCCAAUUAUGCCCUAUGCUCUCCACCUCUGCUCGUCUCUAUUUUUUUUUUUUUUUUUUUUGCUCUCUCAUCUCAUUGUUUCUUAUCUGUACUUGUGCGUUCGUGCGUGUGAAAAUGCACUUGACUAUCUUUAUUUUCUUCCUAGGUUGCUGAGCGUGUCCGAGUACGUUUUCUUAAUUGCUUGGGGGGAGUGCAGGGGGCGUCUGCAUACCUAUCAUUGAACGAUCAAUUUUUUUUUUGGAGUCUGUGUUAACAACUCUUUUCUUGCCCCGCCUCUUUCCUUUUCUUUCACUUUCUCAUCCCCUUUUCAAUUCUACCUUGUACACAUUUUGCCAUGUACGAUUUGCGUAUAUACCCAAUAGAAUUUGCCUUUGGGCUGCCGUUUGCGUGUUAGCUGGAUUUUCAAUAUGAUCUGCUCUGACACUAGAAU